ACGCGAUCUUGAGCGAGCCAAAUAUUUGAUCCAACACUAAGAAGAAGAAAGAACAGCUUUCCUUUUCCAUUGCUUCACUUCAACCCUAAGAAGAAGAAGAAGAAGAAGAAGCUUUUCUGCUUCCACUUCUAUCUUCGAGAUUGGGAAAUGGCCUCAUACAGGGCGGAUGAAGAUUACGAUUAUCUCUUCAAGCUUGUUUUGAUUGGAGACUCCGGCGUCGGCAAAUCCAACCUUCUUUCUAGGUUCGCAAGAAAUGAAUUCAGCCUCGAAUCCAAGUCCACCAUAGGCGUCGAAUUCGCCACUCGCAGCAUUCGUGUCGACGAAAAGAUUAUCAAAGCCCAGAUUUGGGACACCGCUGGCCAAGAAAGGUACCGGGCCAUAACAAGUGCAUACUACCGAGGUGCAGUAGGGGCAUUGCUUGUGUACGACGUGACUCGACACGUAACAUUUGAGAAUGUAGAGAGAUGGUUGAAGGAACUUCGUGACCACACGGAUGCAAAUAUUGUGAUAAUGCUUGUAGGGAACAAGGCUGACCUGCGUCAUUUGCGUGCUGUCUCAACAGAAGAUGCAAAGGCUUUUGCUGAAAGAGAGAAAACGUUCUUCAUGGAGACAUCUGCGCUCGAGUCUUUGAACGUGGAGAAUGCAUUCACGGAAGUUCUAACGCAAAUAUAUCAUGUGGUCUGUCGUAAAGCACUUGAAGUUGGAGAAGAUCCUACAGCUGCUUUGCCUAAAGGGCAAACUGUUAAUGUGAAGGAUGAUGUAUCCGCUGUGAAAAAGGGUGGCUGUUGCUCUGACUGAGUUAGCCUUUACCAUGUUUUAACACGUAGAAAAACUCUAGCUAUUUACAAUCUGUGUUUUGCUUUCAAAAAUGUGUUGUUUCAAGUUUGUUUAAUUUGUUCAAACUGGAUUUAUUUACAAUUGGUUGGCUGGUUGGCUGUUGUUAUGUGUA